CUUCCACACGCCCAAAUGUUGGCCACCGCCGCCUGUCGCUGGUCAGCGCCGGCGCUCCCCGCCGCGAGACCCGGCGGCGGCUACCUCCUUGGCCGGGUCCGCAUCUCCAAGCGGAGGGCGCCGACGAGCAGGAGAAGCGCGGUGGUGCGGUGCGGGCUGCUCCCCGUGGACCCGUGGGCGCCCACCAUGGACUCCCAGAGCAUCGCGUCGCAGCUCUUCGCCGUCUCGCUGUUCCCCUACCUCGGCUUCCUCUACUUCAUGACCAGGUCCAAGACGGCGCCCGGCCUCACGCUCUUCGGCUUCUACUUCCUCCUCGCCUUCGUCGGCGCCACCAGCACAUUUCACCGGCCUUUUAUCCCCGGAGCAGUACCUGCUGGGAUAUAUGCCAAAGUUCACUAUGGGACCUCUCUUUCUAAUGUGGACUUGCUACACGGGACGGCGGAAUCGUUACUUACGCUCACCAAUCUGUUCAUCGUGCUGGGGCUGAGGGGUGCCCUAAGAAAGCUGAAGGAUGGAGAGGAGAGCAAUUCCGAAGCUUCUCAGGACAACAAGGAAAAGAGUUCUGUGUAGAUGCUCUCGUUAGCUUCCGAGACGGUACUUGUAAAUCAUUGAGAAUAUCUUUUGGUACGUGUUGUGAUGACAUUGUAGCCUAGGAGUGUGCAUUUGUUUUGCCCAAUUGGAGUAGUUUAUAAAGGCAUGUUUAAUAAACUGCACAGGUUGGCUCUUGUGCAUAUGCUGAUCCAUAAUAUAUUGGAGUUAUGGAGGUAGUGCCAUUUCUUCUAAA